GUGUUCGGGUUACUUAUAUCCGGCUUGGAAAGCGAGGCAAGGGGGCGCUGACCUUCUGCGCAGGCGCGGCCUGGGGUCCACGCGCGGCAGUAUGUCUGCUCGGCACGUCUCGCGUGUCCGGGCCUUGUAUCGGCGUAUUUUGCUGCUGCACCGGGUUCUGCCCCCAGACCUCAAAGACCUUGGCGACCGGUACGUGAAGGACGAAUUUAGGAGACACAAGACCGCUGGUUCUAAAGAGGCCGAACGAUUCCUGCAGGAAUGGGAGGCAUAUGCAGCAGUGCUGUGGCAACAAGCUAAGGAAAGCAGACAAAAUUCAACUGAAAAAGCGUGUUUUGGAAUCUCCCUACCAGAAGAAAAACUUAAUGACUUUCGUGAUGAACAGAUUGGACAGUUGCAGGAACUGAUGCAAGAAGCCACUAAACCCAACAGGCAAUUUAAUAUUACUGAGUCUAGGGAACCGAAGCUUUAGUCUAUAUAAUACAGUUUCAAAAAGCAUUUCCAGUUCAGAGCCCUUUAACUAAUUUGUUUUUAAAAUUUGUUUCUUAAGCUUUUAGGUUUUGAGAAUGCCUGGUGUUAAUGAAAUAUUCUUUUAUUUGGGGUAUUUUGAAUGUUGUAAUAUACAGAUCAGGAUCAUGAGUGGAUGAAACUGCAUUUAUUGAAGUAGUAACAGUUGCUGGGUAGGAUUUGUGUUUUGGACUACAUAAGAAAGAAUGGUUGUAAACUGGACAAGCUUGUGAAAUUUUCCCCCAAAUUUUAUAUGUAAAUUUGUUUUAAUGCUAUUCAUGUUUAAGCAUUAAUCUUGUGGCUCUAGCUGUAUCAGAUAAGUAUAUCAUGAUAGAUACAGAAUUCCAAGGUCAUUAUUUAAUUCCUAUUUGCAUGGAAUACCUUUUUCUAUCCUCUCACUUUCAGUAUCCCUAGAUCUGAAGUGGGUCUCUUAUAAACAGCAUUUAUAGGGA